GCUCUGAGAAAAUGUACUUCCGGUUGCAUAAGAAAAACUUCCUCGUUUCCCAUUUGUAAGCGUGACAUUUACCCAUUGCCGACCUGCGAUAACUAUCUGAGCCACAAUAGCUUUUAAAAUGUUUCUUUUAUCAAACAGAAUAAAAGUAUGUUCUCUGGCGUUUACCGCCGCGCGCAUGUACAGCAGCGGGCCUGCAACUGCCAACAAAAACCCCACGGUUUACUUUGACAUUGCUGCAGACAACAAGCCACUCGGCAGGGUAACCUUUGAGCUCAACGCCGACGUUGUGCCAAGAACCGCAGAAAACUUCAGAGUGCUGUGCACAGGGGAACAAGGAUUCGGUUACAAGGGCUCGACUUUCCACAGGGUGAUCCCUAAUUUCAUGUGCCAGGGUGGCGAUUUCACUAACCACAAUGGAACUGGAGGAAAGUCCAUCUAUGGGUUGAAGUUUUCUGAUGAGAACUUCAAGCUGAAGCACACUGGAACUGGUAUCUUGUCCAUGGCCAACGCUGGACCCAACACCAACGGAUCCCAGUUCUUCAUCUGCACCAGUAAAACAGAAUGGCUGGACGGCAGGCAUGUUGUCUUUGGCAUUGUGAAAGAGGGACUGGACGUGGUCGAGAAAGUGGAGUCUUUCGGUUCCCAGUCUGGGAAAACCUCCAAAAGGAUCACUAUCGCAGACUGCGGAGAGCUGGUAUAGACUCUGAGCAGCGGACACGGUCGCACUCUCACCUCCUGCUGUAAUUUCAACGCGAUGGUCCGAGUGAAAGAAGCUCUUUCUUCAGUCAUGGCACAGAGGGCUACCUCUCCUCCCCUGGAAAAAGAUCAUCUCAGAGUCGCACUCAAAGUCUUUCAUUCUGUGUUCUUCAGGUAGCAACUAACUGACAUAGUAUAAAAUGUGAACUUGUACAAUAGAAAAGGAAAUGACAGGUUUUAUUGUAUUUGAAGAGGGAUGUUGAUGCAUGAAGAUGCAGUGAAACUAGUUUGGAAAUAAAGUCAUUUUUUUUCUAAAAGUGGGCGUGUUCUUGCCAUAUGUUUUUAUACUACAUGACCUUAGAUGUCACAGUAUUACAAAAUGUUUUAAACCUGCAAUAACCUUUUUCUUUUAUUAGCAAUAACUGGCUGUAGCUGU